AUGAUGAGCAUAAACGAUAAGGAAUUAGAGUACAUAUUUUAGUUGUACUCCAGUGAUAACUAUUAAAUCAAUUGGGAUGAUUUUUAUCAAUUAAUUUGUCCACAAGACACUUCUCUAGACACUUAGAUGCACAAAAAUGUUAAUCAAUAGAUUGUAUCAGAUCUGCUCUUAUUAUUUUAACGAUUAUUAAAAAUAGAAAUAGCAUUUUUUAGAUAGGCAGAACCAAUAAGAAUGGUUUUGUUUGAAAAACACAAGGAAACUGGUAAGCAAUUCUGCACUCUUGUGUAAGAUUAUAGUCAUCAAUUGCCUAAUUUUAAUCUUAUAAACUUUAUGAAAAAGUAGGAGUAUAUCUUUAGUAAUCAAGAUAUUCAAUUUUUGAAAAAAAGGAUUAAAUGCAAUGAUGUUAUCAUCUCUUCUCAAUAAUUUAUCAAAUAUUGCCCAUUAAUCCCAUUUUCAGUCCUCAUUAAUAAAUAGCCCGAAUACAAACUAAUCGAGACCAAGGUUUAAAUGAUACCAGAGAUCUUUAAAUAAGAAGAUCUCUUUGUUCCACAAAUACCCUAGGUCUACAUUGAUCAUCCCCAAUAAAAAGAAUACGAACAUUUUACUAAUGACUAAGAAUAGAUUCCCCUUGUUGAGCCAGUGGAUCAAGGAGGAAUCUCAAAUUAUGAAUUCUUUACAGGAAGAAGACCCUAAGUGGGCGGUUAGAAAUUUGACUAUAAUAGAUACAGUUCUCCUGAUCCUAAAGAAUCUGAAUAGCAAAUCGAUCAAGAUUAAAGGCUACAUUCGGGUCAAUCAUAAAAUUAUUUGAGUCCUUACCAAACAAUCUUAUAAGGUUAAAAGUUCAAUUCUCCUUAACCAAUUGCGAAUUACCAAGAUACUACGUAAUUGGAUAAGUAUUUAAGACCCUCUGCUUCAAGAAAAUAGGAAUUCUCUAGAGUUCCCUUUACUCCCUAAACAAACUAAAAUGAAAUUGGUAUUAAGAAAUAAGAACAGUAUGUCCAAAAUCAAAAUCAAGAAGUAUAAUAGGUUAAAACUAUGCAUCUUGCUGAUGUACCUUAUGAUCCUGAAGAGGAUUUAUUAUAAUAAUAUUUAUAACCAGCAACUAAAUUAGAUUAAACCAUCGAUAAAAUUGGUACUAGUUAAACUAGAAAGUAUAAAAUAUUUGAUGAGUAACCUGAAACUUAAUAAUAAUUCAAUAAGACUUUGUAGAAAUCUAAGCAGAAUUCACCUUAAAUACACUAAGGACCUGCAUUUUAAUCGCAGCAGAUGGAAUAACCAAAAAAAUCAAAGAAAUAUGUAUCCCCUUCAUUUUCAUAAGGUUAACAAUGA